AUGAGUAAUUGGAAGAAUGUGAAUAAUUGGACAAGUAAAAAUUGUAUAAGUUGGGCUAAAGAAUAUCUAAAAACAAAUCUUAUAAAUAUUUCGGUAGAACAUGAAGGUAUAACAGUGAAAACUUUAAAAGUGACAGAAUGUAAUGGUGAUGCAGAAUUGAAUCAAAGGAAAGGAAAGCUGAUUCCAAUUUAUGAUUUGGUAAUAGAAUUGACAUGGUCUGGCACCACUGCUGAUGGAACUGAGGUUACAGGGAAUAUUAAAAUUCCUGAACUUUUACAGGGCUCAGAAACUGAUUAUUCUAUUAAACAAGUAGUUCGUAAACAUUUGACACCUUUGCUUAUAGAAAAAUUCAAGAAUAUUGGAAAAGAUAUGGUAGAAAAUGUUUAUAUUGAACCAUCACAACUUGGAGUUCUCAAUCAAAAACCACUUACACCUAGUGAGCCAAUCGCAGUAUCAACUCCUGUCACCACUACUAAUAUUUCUGAAAUUGAAAUGCAAACUUCAGCAGAUCAAAUCUACGAAACUUUGCUUGAUCCAGGUCGUGUCACUGUUUGGACAAGAUCAAGACCAGAUAUUUUCAGACUUGUUGGAAGCAAGUUUAAUUUAUUUGAUGGAAAUAUUACAGGCACAAUAUUAGAAUUGAUUCCAAAUGAAAAAAUAGUUCAAACAUGGCGUCUAAAAUCUUGGACUGAAGAUCAUUUUUCUACAGUCACACUUAGAUUUGAGCAAUCAAGUGACCAUACAGUAAUCCAUCUAACACAAGAAGGAAUUCCAGUUGAAGAAGUAGACACAGUACAGCAUAAUUGGGAAAAUUAUUAUUGGAAUGCAAUUAAAAGUUAA